CAACCCACUAUCGCUCUCACCGAUCCAUGAACAAAGACUAUUCUAACCAGUCUGUCACCAGUGGUGGUGGGGGCGAUUUUCAAUGGCCGCGUCCAGUAAUGACGUUACAGCCACUCACGACCCCAUGCCUGGACCCGCGCCAUGAGCAGGUGCUUUCCAAGCAUCUCAUUCAUAGCAUGGAUUUCUAUGUCAAAACUCGCAUGGAUUGGGUGGCUUAUGCUGGAACGGUAGCGUUAAUGAUGGGCAUUGAUCAGCCCGUCACACUCAUGGAGGAUGCGGCCGAUCACAAAGUAGUGUGCGUAUGGUCCAUCAACGACACAGCGGCUGCCAAAGAGCGGAUGCUCCUGCAUUUCUACGUCACCGGGCCUUCCUCCUCUCUUCCCGUCCGUGUUGCAGCCGCCAUUCGAGAACUCUGGGAACGCAUCGUUGGCUUCGACAAUGUCAGCAUCACAUUCCUUCCAUGUUCAGUUGUGCAACGCAUUGCGAUUCGGCGACAUGAGGACGACUACACAGUAAUUACGGUAACACUGGACCCUUCAUUCCGCUCGCUGUUGUCCGAGCACGUGUCGGACAACGGUGGCUUCCCUCACUUAUCUCGGAUGCUAUUUGCGGGUGGCUACGGAAUGAGUUUGAAGCGCAGGUGGUGGUUUCCGGACGAAACUACUCGUCAAGAGAUUUUGCGGCGAGUCGCGGUCGGGUUAUGUUAGUUCUAUUCGUCCCUGUGCAUAGUUUAUGAGAUUAGUAGUACGGCUGUGUCGUUCCCUCAUGAUGCCUCCUCAGCGUGAUGUGUGCGCAGCUUUACAUUAACUACCAAAGUUGACAAUGGCAUAACGUACAUAGAUAGGUUUCACG